AGGGUCUCCGCCCCGAUCCCGCCUCCAGCCCGUGCCCUAGAGCUCCGGGCCGCUGACCCAGGCUCCUGGGAGUGACUCAGCGCGGGGAGGGUGGCGUCUCAACGGGGCUGGAGAUUCGAAGUGUUCAGGGCCUUGAAUGCCAGGAUGAGUAGCGUGAACGAGUCUUUCGAGCUGGUCCCGGGACAAGGCUGGGGCCUAGGGCCGGGCUGGGAUUCAGGGAAGAGGGUCAGACACAGAUCUGGGCAUGGGAGGAGAAGCCACGGCUGCAUCGCCUUGUGUGGGCCAGAGCCAUGGUCGAGGGGGCGGGUCCUGAGCUGACUCAGCUCCCUGCCCCAGGACACCAAGAUGCCCGGUGAACAGCAGACGGAGGAGGAGGAGGAGGAAGAGAUGCAAGAGGAGAUGGUGCUGCUGGUGAAGGGUGAGGAGGAAGAGGGUGAAGAGAAGUAUGAAGUGGUGAAACUCAAGAUCCCUAUGGACAACAAGGAGGCUGAUGUCUUCCCAAUUUACAUCUCCAGCCUGGGCCUCUCUCCUGAGCUCCAGAUGUGUCCAGGACAACUGCGGAUAGGAUCAGAAACAGAUCACAGGUUGGCUGUCUCCAAUUGCAGAAUAUAUCCAGAAGCAGACCACUUACCACUUUCACUUUCCACCUCUGUCGCCUGGGUCCAAGCCAUUGUCUUCUCUGGCCUGCAGUACAGGGGCCUCCUCGGUCUCGAGCGAGGCGCCAGCGCCGUCGGCGGACCCGGCACGUCCACACGCGUGCCGGGACUGCGGCCGCGCCUUUGCACGCCGCUCCACACUGGCCAAGCACGUCCGCAUACACACGGGCGAGCGGCCCUUUGCGUGCACGGAGUGCGGCCGGCGCUUCUCGCAGAAGUCGGCGCUGACCAAACACAGCCGCACCCACACGGGCGAACGGCCUUACGAGUGCCCGGAGUGCGACAAGCGCUUCUCGGCCGCCUCGAACCUGCGGCAGCACCGGCGGCGCCACACGGGCGAGAAGCCGUACGCAUGCGCACAAUGCGGCCGCCGGUUCGCGCAGAGCUCCAACUACGCACAGCAUCUGCGCGUGCACACGGGCGAGAAGCCGUACGCGUGCCCGGACUGCGGACGCGCCUUCGGCGGCAGUUCAUGCCUGGCGCGCCACCGACGCACGCACACGGGCGAGCGGCCGUACGCCUGCGCCGACUGUGGCACGCGCUUCGCCCAGAGCUCGGCGUUGGCCAAGCACCGGCGCGUGCACACGGGCGAGAAGCCGCACCGCUGCCCUGUGUGCGGCCGCGGCUUCGGCCACCGCUCCAACCUGGCGGAGCAUGCGCGCACGCACACUGGCGAGCGGCCCUAUCCCUGCUCCGAGUGCGGCCGGCGCUUCCGCCUCAGCUCGCACUUCAUCCGCCAUCGUCGCGCGCAUAUGCGGCGGCGUCUCUAUAUCUGCGCCGGCUGCGGCCGGGACUUCAAGCUACCAGCUGGAGCCACUGCCACCGAGCGCUGCCCAGAUUGUGAGGGCAGCUGAGCCGCCGUUUCUUUUCUCCGCGGGGUGCGAGCCUCCAGGUGGGGAGGGGCACUCUGGGAUCUCAACCUGGGGCUGAGUUAAUCUGGACAACUCCCCGCCCCACCACCAGCGUCUUGAAUAGGAUGGGACUGGCAGGCCUGGCUGCCCUGAAACUGGGAGACAGGAUUCCCCUACCGGGAUCCCUGGAAACGUGCCCACUUCCCCCUCAGUACAUCCCCUCCGCCCAUGUUAGAGUGAAUAAAGUAUUAUAUCCUUAC